AUGAUGAUGAUGAAGAAGUUCUGUGCACUGUUGUUGAUCGUUCAAGCAUUCACAAUAUUCAUCAAGCCAAGCGAAGCAUAUAAAGAAAAUGAAAGCAACCAGAAAACCUGCAGGAGACAGUGCCGAGAGAGCUGCGCUGGACAAUCAGCUAAACCGGAACCACAAUCAGCUAAACCGGAACCACAUUGCUUUCGAAAAUGCACUCGGUUCGGCAGGAAUCCUACUGAUUAUUGCAAGAAGAUAUGUAUUAAACAAGUCGCUUAG